AUGUCGCUCCUUCUCUACGACCCCUUUACUUCUAUGUUUGAUGAUGCAUUCGAUCGCACUCCAUUCUUUCGCAAUGAGCAAUUGAUGCCUCGUGCUGCUGGAUGGAAACCGUCUGGAAUGAGAUCUCAUGAAGAUGACAAAAACUAUGUCUUUCAGGUCGAUCUCCCAGGAGUCAAGGCGGAUGACUUGAAAAUGAAGCUCGACGAUACUCAUCGUGGUCAUACGGUGAUUCACUUGAGCGGCGGACGUCAAUUCCAAUCCAAGGAUGGAACCUCCUUUGAAACUAGCUCCUUUGAACGUCAAUUCUCCAUUGGCUCCAAUGUGGACAAGGAAAAGAUUGGAGCCGAUUUGAAGGAUGGAGUCUUGACCAUUACCGUCCCAAAGAAGGAACCAGAGAAGACUUUGCCAAAAUAUAUUCCCAUUACAUCUGGUGCCGCAAAAGCAGCAGAAUAG